UUCUAUUAAAAGUUGAACUAAGUUUUUGAUGAAGCCAAUCAAACUACUGUCGCAGCAACUUCGUCUUUGCAUUGGAAGUCGCGACGAGGCGCGCAUUUCGUCGGUAACAGGAGGUUGGCUUGCCGCUCAAUACCGUGUUGUCUGCAUUCCGUUGAGCUGUUAGUCGGAGGUGAGGCGCUCACCGAUUGUGGAUCGCUACUUACGAGUAGGAGGUGUUGCUCUGAGGAGGAGUGAUCCUAAUCGGUGACGCGUUGAGGCGGGUUGCAGAGUGAUGAAAUUUGCGGUAACAGGUUUUUGCAGCCAUUUUCCGUGUUGUGAUGCGGCGAUCUUGUUGCGACCUUACCACAUCUGGGAUGGUUGUAGGAGAUCAUUAGUUUUGAAAUUCGUUGGUGUUUGUUGAUUUGAAGCUCCGAGUGGUUUCUUCGUGGUUGAAGCGGAUAAAAUUUGGUGAUCUAGUUGCGUGUGCGGCAGCGGUGAGGAGGAGAAGAGGUUGAUUUGUUUUUCGGUUUUCUUUGUUUUUAUUUUAUUUUAUUUUAUUUUUUGUUUCCGGAUUUGUUCUUCGCAUCGAGCCGGUCUGGGUUUUCAGGCUUUGAACGAUUGCUGCUGAAGAUCCUAACUAGUUUCGUGUUUUGGUGGAUCUGGUCAAGUAAUCUGUGUCAAUUUGGUAAGCGGUGUUUGCAUCUUGUAGAUUAGGAUAGGGAUUGUGCGUUUGAGUCAGGGUUUCUGAGGAAGGGAGAAGAAAUCUAGCGACAAUGACCGAGCAAGUAUCAAGUGAAGCGAAGGUAGUAGUGGGUUUGGAUUUUGGGACAACAUUCUCGGGGUUUGCAUUUGCGCACAAAGCCAAGCCCACUGAGAUUUACACCUUUUACGAGUGGCCAAGGGCGACUAAGCCAUAUUGCAAAACUUUGUCCGGAAUCUAUUACGAGCCAGGAGAUGGGUCGACCACGCAGAUAAAGUCCUGGGGUUUUCCGGCGUUACACGAAUUCACGAAAGACGUGCACAAUCUCCAGAGGGCGCGGCAGAGGACAGCGGAUCUGCCUCCAGUGGGUGUGUUCUUAGUAAGGUUUAAGCUUCAUCUAGCGAGCAAAGAUUCCGGAGAGUCGUCGGCUGCCAGGCUUCCACCAGGCUACAAUGUCACAAAGGUCAUCUCCGAUUAUCUUCGGGAGAUCGGUGCGAGCAUCCUGCGUCACCUUCGUACCAAGUUCAACGAUGAGCUCACCUUGGACCAGGUGCAGUGGUGUGUGACUGUACCUUCCAUAUGGGAUGACCAUGCUAAGAAGCAAAUGGAAGUGUGCAUGAUGCGUGCAGGGCUCGUCCGAGGCUCACAAUCAAUAAUAGGGAGCCCACACCCUUUGAGUAUUGUGCUUGAACCAGAGGCGGCCUCAUGCUACUGUCACCGUAAUAUGCCUGACCUUGAGCUGAAAGCUGGGGACAGGCUAUUGGUCGCGGACAUCGGCGGUGGCACAACAGACAUCGUCGUCCAGGAAUGGAUGAGUGAAACUCCGAAUGAUUAUAGAGUAAAGGAGGUCACGUAUAGUACCGGUGGUUUGUGUGGCGGAACAUACGUGGACGAGCAAUUUAACAGACUCUUGUUCACGAGGAUUCAAUGUCUGCCCCAAUACCUGCAGAAAUCCUCUUCUUUCAUGUCGGAGAUUUUCAAGCGUUGGGAAGAAAUAAAAUGCAGUUUUGGCGACCACGGGACUCUUGGCGAUAGCUUCGAAAUUCAGCUCCCAGGCAAGCUAGCCCAAGAAUGGGAGGAUUACGAUUCCGAGCAUGGACUGCCGCCACGCGAUAGUUACGAUGAACUCGAGCUAACACAGUCAGACAUGCAGUCAAUUUUUGAUCCUGUCGUCGAACAGAACCUCGGCCUCAUCGCCGACCAGCUGUCUAGAACUUCCAACGUUAAGGUCAUUUUCGUAGUCGGAGGGUUUGCAGGCUCUCCUUACUUGAUGUCGAAGAUCAAAGAGCGGUUUCUCGGUCAAGUUGAGAAGAUUAUCAGCCCUGUCAAUCCUGGAAGCGCCGUUUGCCAAGGCGCUGUAAUGCUUGCUCUUAAUCCUGCCGGCAUCACGUCCCGAAUUGCCAGAAAGACCUAUGGGUUCGAGGUUUCAAGAUCUUUCAAGCCUGGUGAUCCAGAGGACAGCAAGUACAUAAGCUGGGUCGGCGCGGAAAAGAAAUGCGAUGUAAACUUCAGCGCGUACGUCAGGAAGGGGGAUCCUUUGGAUGUCGACCACUGCGUUUCUAAGGACUUCAGUCCACUUUUUCCCGGAGCUAGAAACAUGAAACUUAUGUUGUAUAGCUCUAAUGAAACGGAUCCCAAGUACACUCAGGGGCCCGGUGUGGACAGUAAAGAGGAAGCCAGCUUUACGAUCGACAUUACUUCGAGCUCACAUAUGCAAGAAAGACCCACCGUCACUGUCUCCAUGUUCUUUGGACGGUCCGCCAUCGAUGUAAAGGCUGUAGGCAAGAAUUUUGGAACUGGUCAGAUCCAAGAAUUCCAGCUGCCAGUUGAAUUUACUGGGGACUGGGUUUAGUGCAAUGUUUGUGAUAGGUUAUUUGUUACAGUUUAUUUGACUAAGUGUAUGAUACGCUGAUAAAUUUAUUCUGCAAAUUUUCUUCUCUGAGGAAAGGCGUAAUUUAUUUUGUGACAUUAUUUUUCAAGUGUAUUCAAUAUUGUAA